AUGCCUCGCACUCGAGCAACUGCUCCUCCCAAGGAGGAACCUCGGCUUGAAGAGAAGAGGACACUGGUGCGCGCAGAAAAACCCAGCAAGACUUUCAUCCUCCCGUCGUCCACCAGCACCAACGCGCGUUUGCUCUCCCUUCCCAACCCGCAGUCCGGCGAGCUCUCUCGCUAUUUCUUUUGCCCUGAACGCGGUAUCUAUGAGUUCAUAAUCGUCGCAUCCCCUCCUACGGCCGCUCGGAGUAUUCUAUUCACCCCUGCAAAACAACCAACUACCGUUGAGAAGGACGUUCCUUUGACAACGGCGUCAGUCGCUAAGAAGGCGGAAUUGUUGGUCGCGACACCAAUUGACGCCCUGUUCUUCUUGACACACCUCUUUUCGACGACUACAAAAUCUGGCCAGUCUCUGUUCCAGCCAUUGGACGACAUUAUCGACUCCAAUGAUGACCUCCAUCCCCAUUUCCGCCAUGUCCUCUACGAUGAAACGUUUCGAAGCACCUUACUUGCUCGCGCAGAAGCUAUCUGUGAGACUGUCGAAGCGGGUGACGAAAAGAUGCUCCGCUUCAGCGAAAUGAAACUUCUCAAGGAAUUGAUCGCCAAGGCAGAGCGAAUGGCUGCGCAGGGCUUGCCAGCAAGUUUGGAGGAGCGGUUCAUCCGCCAGGCACUGGCUGCUCCACUGAUGUCGGUCAAGCGAGAGGACACCUUGACCGGUCAAACUUCGAAAGAGGACGAAGCAAGCUCCAAGUCGGAAGAAAGGCAGGAUAGCCCGGCUACGGUGGCCACCACUGCCACUCCCUCCGUGUCAACGCCGGCAGGGGAGUCCACGCCAGCUCCUGGCGAAGAUUCGAACUCUUCAGAUCAUGUUACUCGUUUGCAGCGAAUUGCGACGGCCUUGUCUUUCAUGAAAGAAUCCUACCUACCACAGGUCUUGUGUUCUCGAAUUGAUGAAAUACUCGCCUCGCCGGAAAGUCCAUUGGAUCUUAAGCCUUUGCAGGACCGUCUCAAACAACUUGUGGAACUCCGUGCUGAGGCAUUUGCUUCCCGAAAUAUGUCUGAUUUCAGUCGCAAGCGUGGCCUAGAUGAUGAAGAGGUGGAGGCUCGCGCCGAGAAGAAACGCAAGAAGGACGAGGAAGAGAAAACCAAGAAGGCAGCGGAAUCCCAGGGAGUACGCAGUCUGAAAAAGGUCAACACGACUGGCAUGAAAAAGAUGAGCGACUUCUUCGGGAAGUCUGCUGCGACAAAGAAGACUUGA